GAGCUUCAAGUUACGCCUCUGAAGACAAAUGUUAGGUUACAGUAGGCAGUAAGGGGGGAGAGGAGGGUGUCAUGUAGUCCUGUUAGUAAACUGUUCAUUUGGUGUUUGUGGGGAGGAUGUAGUGGAAGCAUUCAGUGCAUGCUGCUGGAGCAGGAGGGGUGAACGCUGUAUGCGUGUCCAGGCACUGGCAAUGCUGGCACAUACAGGGCACAUACAUAUAUACACGCGUAUGCAGUCUAUAAAUAGAAGUCCCUGCCCUCAAGGCUCUGCAGACAGACACGUGUAGCCAGGGAGGCAAACACAUAAUACACACAUACACUCACUGCUCACCGCACUCACAGUCACAGUUUCCAUGCAGUUUCCAGCUCCUGAGCUCUGGAUGGAGACUGCUGUUGGGUUCUGCUUCUCCUGGUGGCUCCUCCUCACUUCGCUUGGAUUUGGAUUUUAGGGGGGUUGUAAAGAGAUGAGCUUCAGAAUGGCGCAGGUGACACAGGAGAAAAGCAAGAUGAAAGGAGCACAGCUCAGGGACAGAGCAUCCAAGACAUGGAGACGGCUGAAGAAGCGACUCUCUGCGCCAUUGGACCCAGACUUCGAGGCCAAGAAGGCUUGUGAUUGGUUGCGGGCUGCGGGAUUCCCCCAGUAUGCACAAUUAUAUGAAGAUUCCCAGUUUCCAGUGGACAUUGCAUGUGUGAAGAGAGACCAUAGUUUUUUGGAUCAAGAUUCCCUCAAAGCCCUCUGCAGGCGACUAAUGACACUGAAUUCAUGUGCGUCUAUAAAGCUGGAUGUUCAUGAUCAUCGAAAACAGCAACAGAAUGAAGACUCUGAUGAUGACGAUCAGUGUGCGAUCAGUGAUCGCUGGGCAUUCCAGAGGGACCAGGGGCGCUGGUCUCGACUGGACUCGAUUGAACUGCUGUCUCCGAAAUUUGAUGGGCCACCUACCAUUAAAAGCACAUCCAGUAGGGAUAGUAUCUUAACAGACCUAAGCACAGAACUAGAGGCCACCUCUCUGCGCAGUGUAGGAAGCAGCAGAGGGAUUAUGGACAUAGUAGUUACUCCUCCUGCAGAAUUGUCUUCUUUGCCUUCUUCCCCAUCUGCCGGUAAACCAUGCAGGAGCCUCAGCGACCAGUCUUUAGCUUCUCACCGUCGAGGGUUGAAGGAAAAAACGAAGAAAAGGAAAACAAAAGGCUUUCUAAAAAGGAUGGAGUCUUUGCGUAAGAAGGAUAAAGACAAAAAAGAUCUUACAACAUUGAUUUCUAAUGACCUGGAACACUCUGGGAGAGAUGGAAUACAUUUCCAAAACCAGUGUGGUGGUGAUGAUGAUGACGACGAUGUGGACAUUCAUUCAUAUGAUAAAGAUUUCCUUCAUCCUGGCUAUAGGACUAAAUGUGCAUCUAUUGACAGUAUCAGAAAGCCACAUUUGGAUGGUCACUGUAAAGGGGUGUAUUUGGAGGAUUAUGACCUCAUUGGAAAGGAUGAUAUGAAGCACAGGUUGUCACAAAAGUCGGAUCGUCUGGUAUGCAUCCCAAUGGACCAUAAGCCUGGAACUUUCCCAAGGUCUCUUUCUAUUGAAAGUUUAUGUCCUACAAACAAUGUACCCUUAGAAAGUUGGAAAAUGGGAAGCAAGUCUUUAGGAUACUCUGUGUGUAGCAGUAUGGACUCUCAUGGACUGGAGGGACGACAGAGAAGAGGAUCGUAUAGUUCAAUUGGAAGCCGUUCAAGCAUAUAUGACAACGUACCUGCUUCCCUUACAGGAAGUGGGGAUAUUUUAGAACAUGGAGGCAGUAGUGACCUUUUUGGCCAUUUGGAUGAUGUUCUCAAUCAUGUAAAGGGCCUACAGAGAAUGGUGGAGAUUUGGUCACGAACUGUGUGUCCAGAGCUUGAUGAAGAGGAAACGGACUCUGGCGGUGAACAGAUUGGUCACCUUGCUUAUGAAGAAAGAUCAAUAUCUGAUGUUGGCACUUCAGCCAGUGACUUUGACAGCACUGGCAAUUCUCUCAACGAAACAGAGGAUGGUGAAAUGAGAGAGAGAAGGGACUCUGGAGUGGGGGCGUCCUUGACCAGGCCGUCUAGGAAGUUACGCUGGCACAGCUUCCAAAACUCCCAUCGGCCAAGCCUCAGCUCGGCAUCACUGGAGAUUAACAGGCAAUCGUCCGCUCAGCUCAAUCUCUUGCAGAAGUUAUCCUUGCUGAGGCUGACUGCCAUCAUGGAGAAAUAUUCUGUACCAAGCAAGCAGGGAUGGGCGUGGACUGUCCCGAAAUUUAUGAAGAGAAGUAAACCUUUGGACUACAGGGGGAGAGCUGUGUUUGGGGUCCCUCCAAUAAUAAAUGUACAAAGGACAGGUCAACCGCUACCGCAAAGCAUCCAGCAAGCUAUGCGCUAUAUCCGCAGCCAAUGUCUCGACCAGGUGGGAAUCUUCAGGAAAUCCGGUGUGAAGUCUCGCAUUCAGAUCCUGCGCCAAAUUAAUGAGUCGUCGCCUGACAACGUCAGCUAUGUGGGGCAGUCGGCUUAUGAUGUCGCUGACUUGCUGAAACAGUAUUUCAGAGACCUGCCAGAACCCAUCUUCACCAGCAAGCUGACAGACACCUUCCUGCAAAUUUAUCAGCAUGUACCCAAGGAUCAGAGGUUGCGAGCAGUGCAGGCUGCAAUUCUGCUUAUGCCGGAUGAGAACAGAGAAGUCUUGCAGACUUUACUGUAUUUUCUUAGUGACAUCUCCUCAGCUCAAGAGAACCAGAUGACCCCUGGGAACCUGGCUGUGUGUCUGGCACCUUCUGUUUUCCAUCUCAAUAUUUCCAAGAAGGAAACCACCUCUCCUAGGAUCAUGCAGAAGAGAGGGGCCUCUGGAAAGCCAGACCACAAGGAUCUGAGUGAGAACAUGGCUGCAACCCAAGGACUGCUUCAUAUGAUCAGUGAAUGCAAGAAACUCUGCCAGAUCCCCCAUGAUAUGAUGCUCCAGUCCCGGAAUUCUUAUUUAGCUGCCGAUACCAAUCCUCUGUCUUUGGACGAUCUCUGUGUAGGCUCAGUGGGACAUGAGGCCAGAGAUAUCUCUUCAGUCUUGGACAGCAGCAUACAAAAUCUUCUUCAUGAAUCUGCUGAGCGUUUUAAAGGCUGGAUAACCAUGCCUGGUCCAGAAAACACAGAGUUGUCAUGUAAGAAGGUUGGUGAUGGAAAUCCCUUGCGCCUAUGGAAAGUAUCAGCAGAAGUGGAAGCUCCACCAAGCACACUACUUCAUCGUGUUUUACGGGAGCGCCACCUAUGGGAUGAUGAUCUGCUGCAAGGAAGAGUGGUAGAAACCUUGGAUCAGAAUGCAGAUCUUUUCCAUUUUGUAACAGACAGCAUGGCUCCACAUCCGCGACGGCAAUUUUUAGUACUACGGAAAUGGCGAACAGACCUUCCCAGAGGAGGAUGCGCAUUGGUCUCUACUUCUAUAGACCAUGCUACUGGCCAGCUGGAUGAGGGGGUCCAGGCUGUAAUCUUAAGCUCCCAGUAUCUCAUGGAGCCUUGUGGAAUGGGGCGGUCUAAAUUAACAUAUAUCUGCAGAGCAGAUCUAAGGGGACGUUCUCCUGACUGGUACAACAAGGUUUUUGGACAUCUCUGUGCAAUGGAAGUAGUUCGAAUUCGGAACUCAUUUCCUCCUCUUAGUGCUGGUGGGCCAGAAACAAAGCUUUAGAUACCGAGAAGUCUGAGUGACCAUGUUGUCGGAAAAAAUAGCGUGGAAAAACCUCUCAGCAGAGCUUUGGCAUGGUCAUUUCUGCCAACAUAUGAGAUGAUGCUACAGGAGAGUUUUUUGUCACAUCUACGGUGCAUGGAAGGAAGCAGUCCACAACAUAGUGGAUAAAAAUACAAAUGGUGGCAUCAAGCAUCCUUUGUUUGCUUGGCACGCAAUCUGUAGCUACAGAGGAUGUACAAGGUGACUGUUCUGCUGCCCACCUAAAGGGCAGUAUUGUGCAAGACUCUAUUUAAAAACUAUUCUUGCGCUGCUACUUGGGGAGAUGUUAACAAAGAUCAGUAUUAUGUGUUUUGUUUUUAUGUAUGUUCUGUUGACUCAGUGAUGCCAGUAAGCAGAGUUUGGUAUGUUUAAGCUGAAAUAUUCGGUAGCUGGUGUGAAUGCACUGACAUGGCUGAGAUGCGUAGCUUUGGAUGACAUUGGCGAGAUGAAUGUGAUGUAAAUGGUUUAUAAUAUUUAUACCUGCUUAAGAGUAGAACUGGACUUCUUGGCACAUAACAUGAACCUGUCUAUCCUCUUCUUCAGGAAGAGGGGUCUCUGUCUGGUUUUGCCAUUCAGUUAAAAGAAUAGGUUUGCAAAAAUAGAUCAAUUUACAACAAAAUGACGGCCAAAAUGAUCCUCCUGAUGAAUUGUGGAAACUUUCCCACAAACUACACCAUAGACACUUACACAGCAUUGUGGUUCACUAGAAGGUAGCGUUGUGUUGCCCAGUGGGAUCAUUCGAUUCUAUAGUCUAUCCCACCUUACGGAAAGUUCCAAAAACUCAGUUGUAUAAGGCCUUGAAGAAAUGUGAUUUAGUUUAGAGGGGACUCUGUGGCAGCAAUCUGUGUUGUGCUGCUCCGCUGUCAUUGUGGUAUGGCCACACUAGCACCUUGACAACUGCUCCUGUUAGCCGGGCUGCAGGGGCAGAGCUAAAACUGAUCUUUCUCUGUUGGUGAUGGCUGCCCUAUGGAUAUGUGACUGGAUGGCGUUCUACUUCCUAUAUAAAAACCUGCCUGCUGUUUCUCUGAUGUACUAGAACAAAUAAUGAGAAAUAAAAUGAAAAUAUAUUUAGUGAUACUGUAGUCAUUUUACCUUUUACUGGGACCAGGCAAUGCAGCAAAAGUCAUAGUCGUAGCUAUUCAAGUGUCAGCAGAGUCAGUGGACACUAGAAAGCUCAACAUCCAUGUCAUUCUGUUACAUGUAGUUAUUAAAAGCGUUUGUGGUCUGUCCUGACAUGUCUUUUUAGUGAAUAUUUAUGUUUCCAGUGAAAUUCCGGUUCUCCUUUUCUUAGACUUUUUUGAUUUUUGCUGUUCCUGGGAAUGCAAGAAUAAAUUAACAACUGGGCCCUAUCAUUCCCUUGUCAAUAUAAUUGAUUGUACACACUUUUACAUGGCCCAACGAGGCGUGAGAAUGAGCGCUGAUCUUGUUGAAUGAGACUUUACACAACUCAAUUAAUCUCAAGUCUGUGUGGCCCUUGAACUUCAUCUUUUGUCACAUACCUAUUUACACAAGGCCAUGUGCGGCCUAUAGCUUUGAAUUUAAUGGCCGCACAAAGGAUGCGAUCAGCAGAUGAACAAGCGCCUUCUUAUUCGUCAGCUAAUCACUGGCGCUUUGACACUGGGCAAUCAUUGAGAACAAGCAUUGCUGUGGACGUUCAGUCACCUGAUGAUCGGCCAGUGUAAAAGUUCCUCUAUGCUGUCACCACUAUAAGGGGUCAUACUCCUUUCUCAAGAAAAAUUGUACCUUCCAAUGUAUUCAUUUAUUUCCAGGGGGAACAACAAAGAAACAGCACAAUACAGAGUUA